UUCCGUCUUCAAAACACCGACUGCCGGAUUCUAAACCGAGCCGUCGUCCACCCGCCGGAAUGGACACCAGACCGAAAAAAGACCAGCCCAUUGCCGCCGUGCUCCUCUCGCGCGCCCACGACCCCGACGAAGCCAGCCGGAUCUUCACCGAGAAGGUCCAGCAGCGCCCGCUGUUCCUGGCCCCGUCCUCCCCGCCGCCCUCGGACGCGCGCGCCGCCCGCCGCCGCGCCCAGGAAAAGAAGAAGCAGCAGCGCAAGAAGGCGCUCAAGCCCAAGCCGCUCUCCGCGGCGCAGCGCCGCCGCCUCGGCCUCUACGACGUGCCGCGCUCGACGCAGCGCUACGCCCUCUUCGAGCCGCUGCACCGGCUCUGGCUCGGCUACGUGCGCGAGGUGCUCGGCGCCGAGGUCUACACGGGCGGCGAGGGCGCCGCGGCCAAGCUGGCCAGCGCGGACUUCCAUGGCGCCGGGGUCGAGGUCGUGCGCAGCGGGUGUGUCAGCCGCGUGGGGAUCAAGGGGAUCGUGGUGAAGGACAGCAAGUUCGCGUUUGAGAUCAUCACGAAGAAGAACCGGCUGAAGUUGGUGCCCAAGGAGGGGACCGUGUUUCGGUUUGAGGUGCCCGUACCGGUGCCAAAGGCGCCAGCGCCCGCGGCAGAUGCGGAGGGCGAGGAGGGACAGGCGGGCGCGAAAGAGGAGCAGAUGUCCAGCUUUGUGUUCGAGAUCCACGGCGAGCAGUUCCAGUACCGAUCAGCAGAUCGCGCGUCGAGAAAGUUUCGGUCGCACUUCUCCAAGAAGUUGUGAGGGCACUUUCAGGCGCGGGCUAUUUUUCACUAAGGCUGGCGAUACCGCGGAUGGAUCGACGUGCCCUUCAUCUCUUCGCCGCCAUAGCUGUACCCAAAGGGGGUACUGCGACUCAUGAGGUGCGUCUCUCUACGGUCUCGCCAACGAGGCAUCCUUGGCCGACCCCUGCAAAGGACGCAGCGCUAGGUCUGACGGCAUUGCCGUUGGGCUAUAGAAGCUGUGGCACGGCUCGUAGCCCCUUGGGGCAUAGACGAUGCAACUGAGGGCUUGCUCCCGCCAGGAGUCUUAGAUGGAGGGCUCCUCCCAAGCUGCCUCCGACGACGAUUGGAGGCGCAAGUAGUUACGUUGGAUGCGGCUGAGCUAUUGG